UUUACAUCUCAGAGCCUGUUUGGACUGAAUGCACCAUUCACUGAAGACGUUUUCGGGGUAUACCAACACUUGUACAACCACAAAAGCACACUUCCAAGUGCAGUCAAGCCAAUCCCAGCCAGGAGUUGGAAGCACCAACACACUGUCCAUGAGGGAAAAGUCGCAUAUGAAAAGAAGAGUGAAUAAGGAGCACAAUAGCAACUUCCGAGCUGGCUACAUCAACAUCAAUGAGGAAUACCUACACAAGACUGGAAUAAGAGGAAGAAAGCGCUACUUCCUGUACUGCUUUGUUGGUUUCCUUGUGUUCCUUGCCUUGCUCAAUGCCUUGGUCACAGCAUGGCUGGUAUACAAGUUCAGGAUUUAUCAUAUUGGGAUGAAGCCAAUGGAAUUUGUUUCUGACAACAAUAUGCUGCGAUUCUUGGAAGAAUCUGAAGUCCGAGUCAUCAAAAUGUCCAAUGCACGGCUGGGGGGUCGAUUUGAAAAGGAUCUAUACAUCGUUUCUAAAAAUAGCACAAUGCUGAUUGGUGCUGAGAACAUGCGUGGAUCAGUCUUGAAGCUGAAAAAAGGCCUGACCAGAAUAUCAAGUGAUUACUUCAUAGUCAAGGGAAAAAACUCCAGUGUCAAUUUGCUGCAGACAGGAUAUGAAGGAAUGGAAGUUCCGCUGAAACAUGCCAAGAAUCUCCAUGCCCUCACAGUCCAAGUGGGGAAGCUGAGAAGUCGAGAAGGCUACCAGGACAUUGUGUUUGAGUCCCAGAAACAGAUCAAGGUGGUUGGAUCCGAGGGAGUGCAGGUGGAGAGUGGCAAGAGUGUCUUUGUCGAACCCUCGAACUCUGUCAACCUAAACGCUUCAGAUGGCUCAAUUCACUUUGAGUUUGGGAGCAACAUCUAUCUGAACCAGAGUUUGCCAAGACUGUCCCCAGGGUACCAGAUUGACACAAAUCUUAUCAUCUACAAACUCUGUGUUUGUUUUGACAGUGGGAGAGUGUUUCGUGUUCCGAUCACUGGACCCAACUCAGGUUGCAAUACAUUGAAUGAAAAUCAGAACCCUUGUGAUUUGUAACAGGUGCCUGUCCACAACCCUCCAGCUUUUUUUUAUCUUAAUCAAUGCAUAGUUGUUGGUAUGUAUACAUUGCAGUUUGCAAAUGUGAUAUUAUUAUGUCCAUUUUCUCACAUGAAUAAGCUGCUACAAAUAUGUUUGGCUUCAGCCUCUGAAUGAAGAGGCAUAGUGUUAUUGAUGGUCAAGGGGUAAUUUGAAGUUUAUAGAAAGAAAGCUUAUACAAGAUGGGGGUCUGUACAGCAUGAAAUAUGGCCUUAAAUGAUUGUGAUAAGCUAUUAUUAUUAUUCAGUACAUCCAUCUUAUGCUAAGGACACACGUUAUUCACAGUACCACUACCUUUGCUGGAGGUUAUCACAAAUAUUUUGCAAUUGUUUCAUUCCUAGUUCUGUCUUAAGGGCGGAGGGGUAGCCUAGUGGUUCAAGUUAUCUUACUCCACGCCAAAGGCCCAGGUUCGAUUCCCCAGUCAUGGGUACAAUGUGUGGAGCCCAUUUCUGGUGUUCCCCGCCGUGGUAUUGCUGAAAUAUUGCUAAAAUUGGCAUAAAACUAUCCUCACUCACUAGUUCUGUGUUAGACUGAAGUAUGUAUCUGAUGUGGGUAGGUUUGUUACAUUAAUCAAUUUAAUUAGCACCCUUUUAUUAAUAAUCUUACUUGGUUAAACAAAAGGAGAGCUAAUCAUGUUGAUUAAAUUUAUGAUAUUUAUACAAAAUUAUAAAUAUGUUUUUGAUAUCAUAUAGCAUGAUAUAUAUUAAACUUUUUAUCAAUGUUUAUAUUUAUAUAUGAUAACACUGUUACCAUGGACACUGAUCAUGUGAAAUAAAAUCUAUAUUCAUACAUAUGUAUUUGUCUGCAAGGUAUAUGUAAUCCGUCCAUUAGUCAAACAUGAUGCAGAUUUGAGCUUAUAAUUCUAUGCCUUACUCAUUCAUUAUGUUAAUUUAUGAUAUUUACAUAUUAAAUGUCCAGUGAUAUCUAGAGUUUGAUAUUUCUCAUGCUGAUUAUUUUUCAAGACAUUUUUGUACCAGCUAUAAUUUUUGACAUCAUGCUGUAAUGACUGAUACAUAUGUUAUGUCAAAUGUAUUAAAAAUGAUAAUAGCUUUAUUUAAUAUCAUAUUAUGAUUAUGAUUAUGCCAUUUCUUUUGUUUAGAGUGAGUUCACAUUCACAAACUUUCACCAAAGUUAACAACUGCAGUGUUAAGAACUGCAGGUGCUUUGCUGGCGUGUACCGAAGGACCAUGUUUUGAACUGAUCUACCAUAUUUAACAUAUCAAGUGCCUUGGAGGCAUGAACAGAUUGCAAAGUGGUUUUGAAAUGAGUUAUUUAUCAAAUGAAUGAACUAAGUCUGAAAUUUAGUUAGAAAUGAAUUAUUAAUGAAAUAACUAAGUCUGAAAUGAGUUAAUAAUCAAAUGGAUGAACUAAGUCUGAAAUGAAUUAUUAAUCAAAUGAAUGGACUAAGUUUGAAAUUAAUUAUUAAUCAAAUGGAUUCACUAAGUGAGAAAUGAAUUAAUAUUCAGAUGGAUGAACUAAGUCUGAAAUGAAUUAUUAAUCAAAUGGAUGCACUAAGUCUGUCCAUAGCAUAUUACACGGGUAUUUUUAACUAAACAGUGAACUAGAUGAAUGUUCAGAGUUAAUGCAGGGAAAGCCAAAUGGGUUAAACAUAUGCCCUUCUCUCUAUAGACCCAAAUUCAGUUCUGCAUACAUGUGAGGCCCAUUUCUGGUUCCCCUUCUGUGGUAUUGCAGGAAUAUUAACAAAGUAGACACAAUUAAUGUAUAACUUCUUUAAUUACUAUAAAGGCGAUGUUUCGGUAUAGAGCCUUAUUCCAUUUGUCAUCCGUCAACUUCUAAGUAAUUCCUAUCAAACAAUGCAGGAAUACUGCUUAAAGCUGCAUUUAGCCAUACUUAAGGCUUGAAAAAAUAAAAGAAUUGGUUCUCAGGCAAUGGUUUUUGAAAAUAUAG